AUGGAUUACAGCUCGUUCAGCGGAGUCCCCCGGUUCUUGACCCGGCCAAAGGCAUUUAUGGUGUCUGUGGGGAAGGAUGCCACCUUGAGCUGCCAGAUCGUUGGAAACCCCAUCCCAAUUGUGACCUGGGAAAAGGAUAAACUUCCAGUCCAGUCUGGAGGAAGGUUUAAAACCACGGAAGAUGGGGAUCUCUAUAGGCUAACAAUCUACGACCUGAGCCUGGAGGACAGUGGUCAAUACAUCUGCCGGGCCAAGAAUACCAUCGGAGAAGCUUUUGCAGCUGUCAGCAUCAAAGUUGGAGAGGAGACCACAGUAACGGAGUCAGCCCCAUACUUCAUCCAGAAACCCUCCUCCAUCAAAGUAACGCUGGGAGAAGAUGCCAUGUUCAAAUGCAAGGUCCAGGGCAGCCCUCCCCUCUCCGUGAACUGGGAGAAGGAUGGGAGACAUCUGCGGAACCGGGCUGAUGCCGGACGCUUCCAGAUGGAGUCUGCCGGGGAGUCUAACGCUCUCACCAUCCAGUGUGCCCGGCUGGGGGACAGCGGCACCUACACUUGCCGGGCAGAGAAUCCCAUCGGCUCUGCCAGUGCCUCAGCUGCGCUGGUGGUGGAAAUGCAGGGCUCUUCCAACCCGGGCAGCAGCAGCCACUUCGAUGCCAGCUGCGGCAAGACGGCAUCCUUGUUGUCUCACUUGCAAAAGAGGCGGGAAGAGAUCAGAAAAACGGACAUCUCCCAUGGGGCCCUUGAUUCAACAUCUGCCCAGUCUUACUGCAUGGCAGAAGGGCUCUCUGGCAUCAGCUACAGCCUCUCCCGGGAUUACGAGAGAGCCGCUGGACUUGCCACCAAGGGGGCCCGCAACGCGACGUUUGGGGCGUUGACACGCACGUGCAGUGUGACGGAGGGGAAGCACGCCAAGCUCAGCUGCUACGUGACGGGUGAGCCCAAGCCAGAGAUUGUGUGGAAAAAGGACAAUGAGGUCAUUUUGGAAGGGCGGCGGCAUGUCAUCUAUGAGGAUGAUCAGGAGAACUUUGUGCUGAAGAUCCUCUUCUGCAAACAGAUAGACAAUGGGCUGUACACCUGCACGGCCUCCAACCUGGCAGGCCAGACCUACAGCUCCGUGCUCGUCACCGUCAAAGAACCUUCAAUACCCUUCAAAGAAAAACUGAAGGAUCUUGAAGUGAGGGAGAAGGAAUCUGCCACCUUCCAGUGUGAAGUGCCUGUACCUAGUACAGAGACGGCUUGGUUCAAGGAGGAAACCAAACUCCGGCAGAGCAAGAAAUACAACAUCGAAGAAGAGGGCACGUAUCGCCGGCUCACUGUCCAGAACGUCACCGCAGAUGACGAUGCUGUCUAUAUCUGCGAGAUGAAAGAAGGGAGCAGGACCAUCGCAGAGUUGUCUGUCCAAGGGAACAUCAUUAAAAAACUUCCCCGCAAGACCGCAGUCUUCAUAAACGAUACGGCCAUCUUCUGCGUGGAGCUGGACAAUGAAUGCCAGGACAUCCGAUGGCUGAAGAAUAAAGAAGAAGUGAAACCCAGUGAUCGGAUCUCCAUCACAUGCUCGGGCAAGCAACAUACCAUGAUCAUCCGAGAGUGUAAGAUGGAAGAUGCUGGUGAGAUUGCCUUCCUGGCUGAUGACAGCAGGACUUCUACCCAGUUCACUGUGACCA